AAUGUAAAACCCGAGCUCAGCCUCUGUCUAAAUGAAUUGGUAGUCCAGUCCACACCCAUACUGCUCCUUUCUCCAGGUCUACGUUCUGUGGGCGGUGUGGAAAUCUAAACUCCGCUGCUGCAGUCGCUCUGUCUGUCUGUCUGUUCACACGCUCUAUUUGAAAGAUGAAGACUUUUACAAAGUUUCCUGAAAAAGCUGUACGGAUACCACCUGAACUAUGAGUGUGCUAAUCCGACUUCGUAAACGGAGUAACUAAUACUCAUUCUACGAGAAAGAAUAAACGUCUAACAGGAAUUGUGUCUGUAUUGCUCUCUCUGGCCUCUUGCAGACCCUCAGACAACUUCCAUUUCCCCUGAGGAAAAAUUUGAUAUUGGGAAAGUGCACAUAGCAGUUAAAGCAAUGACUGACCAGGGUUUUUCUGCUUCCACUCUACUGAAGCGCUAUCGUCUGGCCAUGACAGAGUCCUUGUCUGUCUCCUCACCACCAGACAAUUCAGCUCAGGACUCUUCAGAGGCAGCAGAUGGAGAUCCCAACUUCCCCAUGUCUUCAAUGGCAGCGCUACUGGAAAAUGAUGAUGUAUCACAGCCAACUCAUGAAUUGCCUCGACCAGGACAACAGAACGACCAGAAGCAGAACAUGCGGAUUAGGUUCCCAGGACCCUUUAAAAAGGGGGUUCCUAACCCUAUGGAUCUUCUUGAGUCGGAUUAUACAGAGUAUCCUAAACAAGCACCUAUGGAUUCCAUGUUUGACUACGGCACAUGCAGGCAGAUCAACAACAAUAAGAAAGGAAGACGGAAGAAGCUUCCACGAGGGAAGGCAGAGAUCGGGAUGUCAUGUGAUGAGGGAUCCCCGGAGCCCCCUGUUCUCAAAGUCUUCAACCGCUGGAUGUUGUUCGAAGCUGUAUCUCGAGCAGAUCCAAGAGCUCUGGACGGCCUUCUGCAGUAUCUUCAGUCCCACGAAAAGAGGCUGACCGAUGAAGAGUUCAAAGAACUUUCUACAGGGAAAACCUGCCUACCAAAAGCACUUCUCAACCUGCACAAUGGUCAAAACGACACCAUCCCAAUAUUGGUGGACAUUGCUGAACAGACAGGAAACCUCAGAGAGUUCAUCAACACACCCUUUAGAGAUGUCUAUUAUAGGGGUCAGAUGGCUCUGCAUAUUGCUAUAGAGCGACGAUGCAAACAGUAUGUGGAGCUUCUGGUGGAGAAGGGGGCUGAUGUCCAUGCGCAGGCCAGGGGACGCUUCUUCCAGCCCAGAGAUGAGGGUGGAUACUUCUACUUUGGUGAACUGCCCCUCUCACUCGCAGCUUGUACCAACCAACCAGACAUGGUGCAUUACCUGACAGAGAAUGGACACAAGAAGGCGGAUCUGAGGAGGCAGGACUCAAGGGGAAACACAGUCCUGCAUGCUUUGGUCCACAUUGCUGACAACACUCGGGACAACACACGUUUUGUCACUAAGAUGUUUGACUUGCUGCUCAUUAAAUGUGCCAAACUCUACCCGGAUUGCAACCUGGAGAAUAUACUCAACAACGACGGCAUGUCCCCUCUCAUGAUGGCCGCCAAACUGGGCAAAAUUGGGGUGUUUCAGCACAUCAUUCGGAGAGAGAUAAAAGAUGAGGAAGCUCGACACCUCUCACGGAAAUUUAAAGACUGGGCUUAUGGACCAGUGUACUCCAAUCUGUAUGAUCUGUCCUCCCUGGACACCUGCGGAGAGGAAGUGUCUGUUCUGGAAAUACUCGUCUACAACAGCAAGAUUGAGAAUCGGCAUGAGAUGUUGGCGGUGGAACCAAUAAAUGAACUGCUGAGGGCCAAGUGGCAGAAAUUUGCAGCGGUGACCUUCUACAUCAGUGUGUUUUCCUAUCUUGUGACUAUGAUUAUCUUCACUCUUGUGGCCUACUAUCGCCCAUCAGUGGGAAAACCCCCUUAUGCUUAUGAUACCACAGAAGACAAGGUGCGUCUGGCUGGAGAGAUCAUCACAGUGGGUUCUGGACUCUUUUUCUUUGUAACAAAUAUUAAGGACCUUUUCCUGAAGAAGUGCCCCGGGGUGAAUUCUAUAUUUGUUGAUGGAUCCUUUCAGCUUCUCUACUUCAUCUACUCUGUGUUGGUGCUGGUGAGCGCAGCGCUGUAUCUGUCAGGCAUUGAGGCCUACGUGUCUGUGAUGGUGUUUGCUUUAACACUAGGCUGGAUGAACACCCUCUAUUUUACCAGAGGCCUUAAACUCACUGGAACUUACAGCAUCAUGAUCCAAAAGAUUCUCAUCAAAGAUUUGUUCCGGUUCCUGCUGGUCUACGUGCUCUUCAUGAUUGGUUAUGCUUCAGCAUUAGUGUCGCUGUUGACCAUCUGCCCUGAUAAGGACACGUGUAAGGAAAACUGUCCUACAUAUCCCGAAUGUCGAGACACAAACACCUUCAGUGAAUUCUUGCUGGACCUCUUCAAGCUGACCAUAGGCAUCGGAGACCUGGACAACAUGCUGAAAGGCGCACAGUAUCCCGCCGUCUUCCUCAUUCUGCUGGUCACCUACAUUAUCCUCACCUUCGUCCUGUUGCUCAACAUGUUAAUCGCUCUGAUGGGGGAGACGGUGGGACAGGUGUCCAAAGAAAGCAAGAAGAUCUGGAAAUUGCAGUGGGCGACUACUAUCCUGGACAUUGAGCGUUCUUUCCCUGUGUGUCUGCGGCGGUCUUUCCGUGUGGGAGAGAUGGUCACUGUGGGCAAGGGUUUGGAUGGAAAGCCAGACAAACGCUGGUGCUUCAGGGUGGACGAGGUGAAGUGGUCCCACUGGAAUCAAAAUCUGGGCAUCAUCAAUGAGGAUCCAGGCCAGAAAGACCUUUCUGAACACACACAGGGUGGACGGGGCCUUCGAAGAGACCGCUGGUCCACUGUAGUACCGAGAGUGGUUGAACUGAAUCGCGGCUCCAGAGAUCACACCGUAGAGAUGGAGCCUCUCACAGGGAGACACCGACUCAAGUCUGAAAGCUAAAGACUUCAAAGGGAAACAAUCCCUUGAUACUUUUUUACUGGCCAGACAAUUAUGUGUGCUAUUAAAGCUGAGUUUCUCAGCACCGUUGGGAGAACAGGUCUGUACAUCAUGAAUUUUGAACAUACCCUGAUGGCUUCUUUUGGGAUGAUUGUGUUUUACAUGUAUAUUUGGACACACUCAGGAACAGUUUUAAUUAGGUCAGUCCAUCUUGUGUCAAGAGUUUUAAUAUUAUAUGGUUUUUUAAGAAUUAUUAUUUGUACCUAGGAAAAAACAAUCCGACAGUAUAUUAGCUCUUGGAUAUGAGUGUCAGCGCCGCUAGCUCUGUUGAUUCCUGCUGACAUUUUGCUUUUUUUUGUAUGUGUAUGGAUUAUAUGAAAAAACAUUAUAUAUGAAUCAAUAAUCAUGUCAGAUUACCUCAGUGUUAUUUGUGCCUUGUGAUAUAAAGUACAGCUUUUUAAUGAAAAACAGAACUGUUAUUAUUUUUGUGAUAAUGCCGACCCCUGAUGGAAAAAAAAUGCUGCUCUGGUUUGGCCUUUGGCUUGGUUUUGUAAUAAAGGUCAUGUUAGAAGCAGAUGUGUCUCUACACCAGACUGCAGCACUGCGCUAUUUUCACCUCAGUAUACUAGCAAUAGUGCCACACUGCGCUUAAUAGGCGUGAUUCUUGUAAAGAUUUAAAGCGACUAGUUCAGAUUAGAGCUUUCUCGAUUUGCAGAAAUUCAGAAAGGUAAACCAAUGCCAAGUUACACAUUUUGGAAACCAUUUCAACCUCUAUUUUCUUUUUUGUAAGAAAUUUUUAUCUUGUAUAUAUUGUGUCCCCUGCCCCCUUUUUAAUUAAAUACACUCAAACAGUGAUGUUUGUUCAAACUACAUAAAAUAAAACACAAUUCUUGAAGAUAUUUUAAGACAACUUAAUUGUUUUACGUUCAAUCCAAUUAAAUUUGUGAAAACAAAUCAGCUAACUUAAUUUGUUCAUGUUGUCUUAACACAAAUUGAGUGUGUGCAACCCAGCAUUUUAUACAGCACUGGGUUCCAUACAAUUCCUUUAAGUUGCCUUAGUACAAGUUGUUUACAUUGGAUUGAACAUAAAA